AUGGACAGUCAUCCUGGAUACAAGAAGGAAACGAUUCUUAAACGAUUCCCUCAGGUUCGGCAUCGGCGCUACCUCUCACGGUUCAGGGAGUAUCGAAGAAACUGUGGGACGCAUCUUGAGAAGUACAUUCAGGUGGCGCAAUUUUGUAAGGAACAGUUCGACGCUGCACGGGCUCACGGUAUCAUAGUCCACGAUCGUACCAUCCGCAUGUGGGCCCUCGCGAAAGCGAGAGAGGUCAGUCUGCCGUUGUUCAAAGCCAGUCACUCGUGGAUCGCGAGGUUCAAGAAUGCCCACCGGAUAUCUUCCAGAAGAAUCGUCAAAUUCGUGAGCUUCCGUCAACAACGGAACCGUGAAGAGAUCGAAACCGAAGCGAAGCAGGUUCUGCUCGAUUUUGUUCGCAACGUUAGAGAUCGCUAUGAUCCGCGUGAAGUUCUGAACACCGACCAGUCUGGAUUCAGUUAUCUAGUGCAUACGAAUCGAACGCUGUCACACCGGAAUGAGCAAACAACCGUAGGCGUCGUUAAAAGCCUGAACAGCCUUACACACAGUUACACGAUCCAACCCGUGGUGAAUAUGAAUGGCGAGCUCGUUGGACGACUGUACGUGAACUUGCAAGAGCGCACUGAUGGAUUUGGUCCGAGAGUUUCCCAGGAUCUGCCAAACUUUCCGAAUCUCUACGUGACUUGUUCAAAGUCGGGUAAAUUGACCAAGAAUUUGGUACGGGGCUGGGCCAGCUCAGUGUUUCGGCAGAUGCUUUCGGACUCCGGAAUCAAAAAGUGCAUUCUAUACGUAGAUUCAUGGGGUGGUCAUCGGGAUCAGGAGCUUUACGAGCUACCAGUGACAGAAGUGAACGUCAAGAUCUUCCCCAAGGGCUCAACGAGCAUCAUCCAGCCUCUGGACUUGUAUUGCUUCAGACAAUGGAAGGACUUCGCGAAACGUCUGACAGAGCAUGCCAUGCUCUUGAACAUCCGCCUCGACGACCGCAAGAGCGUCCUACAGAUGCAGUCUCUGAUAUACAAUCAGUGUCAACACACGACGUUUCGUCCGUUGUGGUUAUGUGGGUGGAGGCUCGGUGGAUUCGAAGUUCCCGACAUACCUUUCCCGAGCCUGGCGGAGAUUUUGUUCCAAGUUCAAGGCCCGUGUCACGUCGAAAACUGCCGCUUCAUGCCAUUCAUUCGGUGUGUCUAUUGCGAGAAAAUUCUGUGCGCCCAAUGCUUCUACUGCCUGUUUCACUACCAUUCGGGUGUUGACGAGUGA